AGGACAUACAAACAUUAGAGAAUGACCAAAAAAGGUCAUGUCUCACGGUGACUACGGAAGAGGGGGAUCCACAGCUUAUCAGGUGGAUCCCCAUGCAGACUACCACGUGCCACCGACGAAACCCCCGCGGAGCAGAAGGGUUCAGGACUUGGAACAGGAAUAUGACGCAGAUGCGUCCAUGGACGAGAAAGCCCCUUCGGAACGCGAUCUUUCCGAGUAUUCCAUGGAGAUCGACACGAAAAUCCCCCACUCCCAAUAUCGGAAUGGAGGAUUGGUCAGUGACCACUACACGCCUUCGGACCAUUACAAGUCUCCGUCAGAACUCAGUUACUACGGACAGAAGAGCGUGGUGUCAGAUGCUCCGACGUCAGUGAAGAGCAAAAGUAGGCGCUACGGGAGGGUGGAAGUGGAGACUAUGACUGCUCCUCAUCCCGCAUGCCCCAAUACUAAGGGCGUCUGCUGCCUCAUGGUCCUUCUCAAUCUGGGUCUUCUACUUGUCAUCCUUGGUUUCAUCGUUGUUCUCCAGAUUCGAGACCCUCUCUUUGUCUGGUAUUUCGGGAUCUGCAUGCUGAUAUUUGGCUUCAUGACGUUGGUUGGCUCCCUCAUCUACUGUGUAUACGUGUGCAGAGACAGGAAAGACCCACAGACUUUGCCAUAUGGAGAACUCUACUGGACUCAUCACUGGAAGAAAAACCUGGACUUCGGUGGGAAACGCAAAGACAAUGAAAUCUACUACAAGCAAGACGAUUCCCACAGCUAUCGGUCAUCUAACCGAAAUGACGACAUGUACAGUGAUUACGGCUCUAAUCCUCGAGAUCGCUCCCGUUACUGAACUCAGAAAGUGAUAUAGUUUUGUCCAUUGAUUGGAUACGCUUACAGUUCAGCUUGUUUCUUUCACCUUGUCACUGUGAGAACGAUUGUCCCAACGCUUCAAAUAUGGAGGACACUGGAAUCUGUCUCAUGUACUGAUUGUCAAAUGUGACUUCUCAGUGGCAAGAUAAAAUAAUAAUUCUGUACAUACAAAAAAUAAAAGAUUUAAUUUUUUUUUACCUCUUAAAAAUAAUGACAAAAACAAGUCAAGAAGAGAGAAUGAUGAUAGCAUUCAGUCUUUGCCUGCAUUUGUCUUCUUGCUGAAGAAAGACAUGAUGGACUUCGUUCCCUUUGCAGCUUUAGCAAGCUGUGUCUGUUUCACAGUUGCUGCUGCUGGCUGAAAAACAAAAUAUACCGAACCUUAGAGCUCUCUUAAAUGUUAUUAGAUUCCUUCACCUCCACCACAGCUGAUCACAUUUAUUGAUAAAAUAAAUAAUG